UGCUCCUUCCGUGUUUAGUCACAUCCACUUAUCUAACAGUUGAACAGCUGAUUUCCACGUCUCACAUCAACAUGGGGGACUGGAACCGAGGUCACAGUUCUGUGGAGGACAUGUUGGAUUCUGAAAACAAACGAAUGGCUGAAAAUCUGGCAUCCAAAGUGUCCAGACUGAAAUCCUUGGCAUAUGACAUUGACAGAGAAGUAGAUGAUCAGAAUGACUAUCUGGACGGCAUGGACUCAAACUUCCUGAGUGCAACAGGCCUACUGACCGGCAGUGUCAAGCGCUUCUCCACUAUGGUUCGGUCUGGUAGAGACAACCGCCGCCUCCUUUGCUAUGUCUCCGUUGGCUUGGUUCUUGUCUUCUUCUUGCUCUACUUCCUGGUCUCCCGGAUCCAGCGCUGACAGCAUAUGGAGCCAGAUGUGAAGCUCAGACUGAUCUCACAUCUGGUUUAUUGAACUCCUUCUAUAGACUUUGUAAUGAGCCACAGAGAGGAAAGAAAAAAAUUAGUGAGAUAACAUCCAGGUGAGUGUCUUAUCUGGCCAGCAGGGGGUGUCGGCACACCUUGCAUGAACCCUAGGCGUGUCGGUGGGUUGGGGUUAGAAAACUGGACUCUUAGACAUUUUAGAAAGAAAGCUCUGGUAUGGAGCCUGAAUUUAGUACAGGUGGGAGCUGGCCUCCAACACUGCUGAGUGUGACAUUACAUCACAUCAAUACAAAGCCCCCUCCUCCAAAGAUAAACUGGACAGCAUCAUUAAAGUCUGUCUGACCUAGACAUCCCAUCAGACUGUCCAUACCUGCCUCCUAAUCUAAGACUUUACACCAUCACGUCUGAGGCUGUACAUCUGCAGUGAAGAAAUGUAACCAGUCAGUGAUAUUUUAUACCCAUUAGAGCUGUACUGGAGCAGUAUGAAUACUAAAGGACUGUCAUGUAGUUUAUGUUUGAAAAGUAAUGUCAUUCCUUAUCAGGUCACCCAGGCCUCCCCAGGUUAUGGAACUUCACAGAGUCCUAAAGCUAUUCUACAAAUGCCUUUAUAAUUUAAAAUUAUUGUUUUUUACACUCAGUCUUUCUAUCACUGUGUAUUCUAGAACUGCAAUGAUUUAUCAAUUAGUUGUCUACAACUAAAUUAAUAGUUAGCUAUUUUAUUUUGAACAUCCUUAACAGAUUCCAGUAUUUUUCAAGUAGGGAAAAAAGUCCAAGUUGUCUGAUUUCAGCUCUUUAAAUGUGAGUAUUUUCUGGUUUCUUGAUCUUCUUUAUGUUGAUCAAUAAUAUACCUUUGGCUUGGCAAAUGAGACAUUUGAGAAAGUCCUCUUAUUUUUUUAGGAAAUAUGUUUCACCAUUUUAUGACAUUUUAGACACCAAACUGUUAAUUGAUUAAUUAAGAGAAUAAUAACAAGGUUUAUCAACAAUGAAAGUUGCAGUUCUAGUGUAUUCCAAACUUUACCAGGUUUUUUUUCCCAUGUGUUUGGGUUGAAAUAUGUGGAGAAGACCCAAGAAACCCUAUAGAUAAUUUUGUGUUUCUGUUGCUCAAAUCAAACUAAUAAAUUAUAUAUUACCUGAAGCAAGAAUCUUUGAUUUACAAAUUUAGACUCGUCACUUACUUUUAUUUUUUACAUCCAUAUUUUGACAGAGUAUUGGUUGACUGUCUUGGUAAAUACACUGUACCUUCAGAACUAAAACAUCGACAUCUUAACAAUAUCAUUGUUAGUAACUUUGAAAAAUGUCAAGAUGUUUUAUUACUCCAACAGGUGACUUUGAAUACACGCACUUAAAAAAAUUAAUUUAACUUUGAUGCCUUAACUUAAAAAAAUUAGAAGUAUAAAGAUUUUGGAGAAGAGCGUCAGGGUUUGUGAGGUCCCAUUAACUUAAAGUAACAUCAGUCCCACUGAUAAGAGCACAGAAAUUUACUGACCUCUAAACUCACAACUGAGGACCAAAGUUUACACAGAUGACACAGCAUAUUGUGACUCUUUUUUUUUUUUCUUUUUUUUAACCCUUUAUUGGGCAAGUGACUAUUUUUGGUAAUUUCCACAAACAUUAAAUAUGGGGCCAAUCCAGUGCCUCAGUGAGGUCAAGAAGCAUGUUGGUUUUUAUAACGCUAUAGAGUGAUUCAGAGAGAUUUUAUAGACAUUUUGAAGCUUUAAAUAGUGAAAAUGAGUGAUUUUUAUCAGUUUAUGACCUUAUAACAGUUAUUUUAUUGCAUGAGUUUAGUGCUGUUCAGCUGUUUUAUGUCAAGAUGAAGGAGACUGUUGUCACAGCAACCGACGAGGAGAUAGAUGGCGAUGUCCAAUAACACACUAAGGUUGAAAUUUUGAAUUUCAGAGUAUUUCAAUUAUGUAGUGCCCUAUAAAGGGUUAAAGAAUGACAAGCUGAUGUUCAAACAGGUGUGUCUGGUUGCUUCACAUCCUUUCAGUUCCCUUUUAGUAUUUUGGAUUUAAUGAUGGGACCUGUCAUCUGUGUGUAUUUCACGGACAGCAAUAGUUUAUCAGUCAAUGAGUGGAUCCUGAUUAAGUGACACUGAUACCAGACACAUGCAUACAUAUUUACUUAAAUGAAGAAAACAGAUUUGAAGAAAUGAAAGUGAAAUCAUUCAAAGGAAAAACACAACUGUAUGUGUUUAGAAUAAAGUUCAAUUUUUGUGUAAUUUGACAUGAUGUUUCUGUUCUGAUUUUGCCCAUCUUCUCUUUAACUGGAAGUGACAGUUUAUAAGUCAAAAUGUAAAAUACUUGAUGUUACUUGUGAUGUUUUGGAGGUUUUCAUCAUCAGAGGUGUAGUUUGCCACCUGUAAACACUGCAGGUUGAGAUUGAAUACAUUAACAUUUUUUUUGUUCUGUUCAUUUUAACAGUGUUUACAGAUCUGAUCACUGUGUCACAUCCUCAACAUGUUUAUUCAUUGUAUUUUUUUAUUUUUUUUUUACCUAGAUUACUGUUAAUGAUGUAACAUAAACUUAACUGAUUGUUUGAACUGCGUGGUUGCUUGGGCAUAACUCACAUUAUGAACUUUUUUUUUUUUUGCUUAUGGAGGAUCUGAAACAACAAAUAACAUUACAGUGGUUUAUUUUCCUAGGGUAAUACAUGGUACUACAAUUAAACUUGUUAUUCACUUUCACUUUGAUUUAUUAGAAAACGACAUUGUAGUUCACUGUUUUUCACUUAGUUUCUGCUAAUUUUCUGAUAAAUACAAGUGAAUAACAUAUUUAAUAGCAGCGCCAUGUAUUACCUAAGGUACAAACAAAUUAGACCACCAAUAUUGUGCAAUGUUUCAUGUCCACUUGAAGGUUGGAGAUUAUGUGAGGUAUGCAAUAUUUCAAGUAUUUUUCUAAGACAUCAUGUAAUAUUUAUUUUCAUAAUCAGAAUGAAUUUUAGAGAUUGAGGAUGCAUCUAUGGGAAUAAAUAAAUCUAUCAAUUUGG